AUGGCGAUGCCGCCUGGCUCCGGCCACCCUCGAGCGUCGCCCCGCGCUGCAGCCAUCGUCAUCUUCAAGCUCGUCGCGCCUUCGCCUCCGCGCUACUCGCCGGAGCACCCGCAAACCGUCCCCGUCGCCGAGUUCCCCGCCGGUCACCUCUGCCUCGACCCCGCGUCCUCGCCUCCGGCGGCCGUCACCGCUCCCUCCCUCUCCAGCUCGUCGUCGACCCGCCGUGCCUCCUCCCUUCUGCAAGCUUCCUCCCAUGGCGCCGCCUUGCCUCCAUGGCCACCGGAGCCAUGCCCCUUCGCCGUCGUGUCGCCUUGCCUCGCCUCCUGCCUCCCGCGUGCCCCGCUGGGCGCGUGUGUGCCCGCGUCCAACGCCUCCCGCUCGCUCCGCCACGGCCUCCUCGACGUGGUCGAGCCCGACCAGCACCCUCUCGUCGGUGAACCUCCGCCGCACGCUUCCCUCCGUCCUGGCCAUCACCUCCCCGACGCCCUUGCUGCUGCUGCUAGACCACCGUCGCCUCCUUGCUGCUGGCAUCCCGAGGCCUUGUGA